AUGCUUGUACCUGAUCGUAAUUCAUCUACACCUGUAUCAUCUAAUAGUUCGAAAAAACGCUCGACAAUAUCUAAACAACGAAAAUCAAAAAAAGUUCGUAAUGAUUAUGAUGAUAAUGAUUUAUCAAAAGAUGGAGAAAAUUCUUUAUCACAAUCUAUAUUUGAUGAUCAAUCAUCAUCAAGAACACCAUUAACUGGUCAAAAAAUUACUGAUUCUCAAUUACCACGUGGUACAAUUUUAACUGAUUUAAAUGAUGAAGGUGAUGAUAAUAUUGAUGAUCAACAAAUUCAAGGUGAUUCAUAUCAAAUAAAAAAAUUUCAUGAACCUGAAGCAUGUGAACAAACUCAUCAUAUUAUUAUUCCAAGUUAUUCAGCAUGGUUUGAUUAUAAUUCAAUAAAUUCAAUUGAAAAACGUGCAUUAAUUGAAUUUUUUAAUUCAAAAAAUCGUUCAAAAACACCUGAAAUUUAUAUGGCUUAUAGAAAUUUUAUGAUGGAUACAUAUCGUUUAAAUCCAAAUGAAUAUUUAUCAAUAACAGCAUGUCGAAGAAAUUUAGCUGGUGAUGUAUGUGCUAUUAUGCGUAUACAUGCAUUUCUUGAACAAUGGGGUUUAAUUAAUUAUCAAGUUGAUGCGGAUUUACGUCCAACACCUAUGGGACCACAUUCAACAUCUCAUUUUACUCUUUUAACUGACACACCAACGGGUUUAGCUAAUAAAGGAAUACAAAGAGAAAAUUCAGCAUCGAAACAAAUAGCAGAUUUAAAACAAGAAGCUAAAAAAGAAGAACGUGAUGUUGAAAGUACAUUAGGUUUAAGAACCGAUCAAUAUAAUAAAAAACUUAAUUUAAAUACCAAAACAAAAACUAAAGAUUGGUUAGAUCAAGAAAUUCUUCUAUUACUCGAAGGUCUUGAAAUGUAUAAAGAUGAUUGGAAUAAAGUUUGUGAACAUGUUGGUACACGUACACAAGAUGAAUGUAUAUUAAAAUUUCUUCAAUUACCAAUUGAAGAUCCAUAUUUAGAAGGAAAUGGUUGUUCAUCAGGUUCACUUGCAUAUCCAACAAUACCAUUUAGUCAAAGUGGUAAUCCAGUUAUGUCAACUGUUGCUUUUCUUGCAUCAGUUGUUGAUCCACGUGUUGCUAGUGCUGCAGCUAAAGCUGCUUUAGAAGAAUUUUCUAAAAUGCAUGAUGAUGUAUCAACAUCAAAUAAAGAAAUAAAUGAUAAUUCAAAUUUAAAUGAAUUAAAUAAUAAUGAAGAAUCAUCGAAAAUUAAACAAGAAAAAAUGGAUAUUAAUGAUGAAAAGAAUAUUAAUGAAGAUCAACUAAAACAAAUUGAAACUAAUGAAAAUGAAGAAAUACAAACAAAUAAUGAUGAAUCAGCAGUAGCAUCAUCAUCAACUGUUCCGAAACCUACAACACAAAAUGAUCAACAAGAUCCGAGAAAAUUAUUAGCAGCUGAAAUUAAUGAACGAGAUAUUCAAGCAGCAGCAGCAAGUGCAUUAGCAGCAGCCUCUGUUAAAGCUAAAUAUUUAGCAUCAAUUGAAGAACGUAAAAUAAAAACAUUAGUAGCUCAAGUAGUUGAAAUGCAAAUAAAAAAACUUGAAAUAAAAUUACGACAUUUUGAAGAACUUGAAUCAAUAAUGGAUCGUGAACGUGAAAUGAUUGAACUUCAACGACAACAAUUAUUACAAGAAAGACAACAAUAUCAAUUUGAACAAAUAAAAACAUCAGAAUUUAAACAUCGACAAACAUUUAAUGAAAAAUCAUCAUUAUCACCGCCACUACCACCACCAUCAUCAUCAUCUUCACAUAUUAUCAAUGGUAAUGAUACACAUAUACAAAGUGAAGAAUCAAUGGAUUCACAACAAAGUGAUGCUUCACCUGCUCAAAUAUUAUUAAGAAACGAAGGUAAUACAGUAGAAACAUCAACACCAUCAUCUGUUCCUAAUGAAAAAAUGCUUAUUGGAAAUACCGGUGAAAAUGAUGAUGAUUCAAAUAAUAUUUCUACAUUUACAGAGAAUGACAAUAUUAAUAAUAAUAAUUAUUAA